UUGUAAAAUGAUGACGGUAUUCCGGAGACAUUUUCUCAAAUUACAAUUUAUUUUAGUUAUUACGGCGGUCAUUCUGGGAGUUUAUUACCCAAAAAUAUGGGAGCAAAUACGUUCGAUUAAUUUCGGAAAGAAAAAGACAUCCAACGGGAAUUUAUCAGCUGAAAAUUAUAGUGACUUACUCCUCACUAAGGAACAGCUAAAUGAGUUUAAUGGUGUAGGUGGACAGCCUAUUUAUUUAGCUCUCUUAGGACGGGUGUACGAUGUAACGCGGGGUGAAAAACAUUAUGGUCCAGGAUGCGCUUAUCAUUUUUUUGCCGGAAGAGAUGCAUCCGUUGCAUUCAUAACGGGAGAAUUUAAAAAUUAUAUAGAAGAUGAAGCGGAUAAUGUCCUGGCAUUAAAAUCUCCGGCAAUUUUGUCCCUAAUUAAUUGGGAAAAAUUUUAUAAAAGCGACUACAUCUACAUAGGUAAAGUAAUUGGCAGAUUUUACGAUGAAUCUGGUCAUCCCACAAAAUAUGAACACAAAUUCAGAGCAAUGGCAGAGGAAGCCGAAUUCGAUAAAUUUAAUGAACAAAAACUGAAAGAUAAAUAUCCAGAUUGCAAUAUUGAAUGGUCAAUAGAAAAAGGAUCUCAUGUCUGGUGCACUGAAUCGAGUGGCGGUAAAGAGCGCAACUGGAUUGGUUAUCCUCGCAAACUCUAUGAUAACGGGAAUGAGAAUUUUAGGUGUGCUUGCGUUAAAAAAGAAUACCUAGACACAAAGGAAGUGGUAAUAACACCUUACGACAAUUGUGAACGUGAAUCCCAAGAAUGUUAUUAUCAUGUUAAUUAAAUUUAUGAGUAAAAGUUAUAUUAAAUUGUACUUAAAACUAUAUCACAAUUAUGCAAUAACUGGUGCGACGUGUGGCGUGAGACAAAAAUGUAGAUUAGUUAACGAAAUAAUCAAUAUUUUUAGCAUAUAGUAAAACAGCGUUGCGAUUUUGUGAUCUAGUCACAAAAUAAGAUUUUUAGAUAAAUUUUAAAAUUUAUACAAUAUUUUAUAUUAAACAAUUUUUUACGAAUACCCUAAUAUAUUUAAAUGUAAAAACAUCGUUAAGUGUUUUCAAAAUAAAAAUGUUACCUUCCAAGAAGUAUGACUUGUUAUUGGUAUGGUAUUAUUAAUUCGUUUGCACUCAAUACCAAAAAUGAAGAAGUCGCAGUUACAACCUAUAUAAUCAAACAUAGGAUAAUUAAACUUUUAAAAAAUGGAUCUAUAAAAAGUUUUACAUACGCACAUUAUUAGAAGUAAUUAAACUGCUCAUCUGCCUGUGUAUUAUAUAUGUGCUUGCUUAUAUUAACAUAAUUUAUUUGUAAUUUACAAUAAUUCAUGUAUGCGAAAUAGAGGAACAGCUACAAUUGCUUUCAUCGCUUUUUCCAACAUACUUACCAACUGAAGUGCCACAUUUUCGAUAAGACAAUAUCCUUGGAUCGCAUAUGAUAUUCCACACUGCACCAAGUUGGAACAAGCAAUCGUUCUUUGAAUCAGUUUAGAUCUUUAGAUGCAAAAACUUUAUAAAUCUUAAUUAUCCGGUACUUAUCGCGAAUUUGAUGCAUUCUAAAUGAAUGUAACCCUGUACCGUCGUUUGGAAAGGUUAUUUUUUUAUUUUAUAUAGUUUGUAUGUUUUUAUUUAUUUAUUCUUUUUUUUAUAUCAUGAAAAUUGAAAAAUUUUAUGUUUGCUUUGUUCUAUUGAAUAAAAUUUUACUGUCAAUGUCCGAUAAGGUUGCACAGUAAAGUCAAGGCUUCGAGUUAAUUCAUAACCAACGAUAAAACAUAGAUUUAUUGCAGUGGACUGAAAAGGCCAAUUGGCUCCAAAGAAGGCGAAAGCAGUUCUAUCUGUCGACAAUGUCUAAGCGUCUACUUUUUGGGACAAUUUGCUUAUUUGAAGCAAUCAAGUAUAAUUAUUAAUAUGUCUUUUUUUUAUUACUCAAUCUGUCUGACAAUUCAGUGAAAUCCAACUUUUUCUUUUUUUACUACUUGGCAGUUAAAAUUUUUUUUUUUUUUUUUUUUACAUCAUUUAAAAAUGUUCUCCUUUAAGAUAUGUAGCGCAUUUUUUUUUUCGUUGCUUCCCUAAGAUAGGUAAAUGAAAGAUGAAAGAUUAUUGAUUUCAAUUUCCGUUUUUUUAAAUUAACAAAAAUUUAAAAAAACU